AUGGAAGCAGGAAACUAUGUCAUGGGUCCCAACAAUCGGCUUUUUGUCAAUGUCAAGGGCGACCAACCCCAGUUAAGAUUUCAAAUCCCGUACGGCUCGAAAUAUCGAGGCUGCGCGGGGAUGGACUUCAAUUUUGACUUCGUCUUGCCUGUAGCCAAACAAUAUCGGGGUGCAGUCUCAAUUGUGAAUUACACUUCGCCGGGAUCUAUCCACCCAGCGCCUGAUAUCCAUGAGUUCACCAUCUACCUUCCCAAGGACUAUGAAAGAUCUCACGGGAAAGCUUACCCAAUUCUUCGUCUCUCCCAUAGAGGAGACGGAAAUGGCCAGAACUGCCGCAUCAAGUCCUAG